UCUAUAUUUAGUCAUUUUCCGCUGUUGUCUCUCCAACUCGCUGCCCAAAAAAAAAAUAAAUUUCCUGCCUGCGCUUGCGCUAAAUGCUAGAAAAACCGUUUUUACCGUCAAACGCGAAUUCUUGAGCCGCACGUUAACUAAGCCGAGUGACUUGAGAACCAAAAGGAAAAGUACGGGAAAAUGGAAGCCAGGGAAAAUCAGGGCUAACUAACGCUGGCAGCGGGGCCACCAUUUUUAAUUUCUUUGUUUAUUUUGUGCCCAUCUUCGCGAGCGAGCGAGACAGCGCCAUAGAGAGAGGGAGAGAGAAGUGAGUGCAGGAGGAGUUGGAUAUGGAAAUGGGUAUGGAAAUGGCAAUGGACUUACGCCAGGGAUAACGGACCAAUUCCAAGCAAUGGCCAGCAGUGCCGGAAGUGCGGCAUCCGGAUCCGUCGUUUCCGAUGGCGGUGGAAACGGCGCCUUCAGUUGUGCCACCAUGCCAAUGUCCACCGCCGGAUCCGGUGGACCGCCCGUGAACCACGCCCACGCCGUCUGCGUGUGGGAGUUCGAGUCGCGUGGCGGCAAAUGGCUGCCCUAUUCCCCGGCGGUGUCGCAGCACCUGGAACGCGCCCACGCCAAGAAACUGACGCGCGUCAUGCUGAGCGAUGCGGAUCCCAGCCUGGAGCAGUACUACGUCAACGUGCGCACCAUGACCCAGGAAUCGGAGGCCGAGACGGCCGGUUCCGGUCUGCUAACCAUCGGCGUGCGCCGCAUGUUCUACGCCCCCAGCUCGCCGGCGGGCAAGGGCACCAAGUGGGAGUGGUCGGGCGGCAGUGCCGAUAGCAACAACGACUGGCGGCCCUACAACAUGCACGUCCAGUGCAUCAUCGAGGACGCCUGGGCGAGAGGCGAACAAACCUUGGACCUGUGCAACACCCACAUCGGCCUGCCCUACACCAUCAACUUUUGCAAUCUCACCCAGCUGCGCCAACCCAGCGGACCCAUGCGCAGCAUCCGGCGAACCCAGCAGGCGCCGUAUCCGUUGGUGAAGCUGACGCCACAGCAGGCCAACCAACUCAAGUCGAAUUCCGCCAGCGCGAGCAGCCAGUACAACACACUGCCCAAACUGGGCGACACCAAGAGUCUGCACAGAGUGCCAAUGACCAGGCAGCAACAUCCACUGCCCACCAGCCAUCAAGUGCAGCAGCAGCAGCACCAGCAGCAUCAGCAGCAUCAGCACCAGCAACAGCAGCAGCAACAUCAUCACCAGCAACAGCAACAUCAGCUGCAGCACCAUCAAAUCCAUCAUCAGACGGCGCCCAGGAAGCCGCCCAAGAAGCACAGCGAGAUCUCGACCACCAAUCUGCGCCAGAUACUCAACAACCUAAACAUCUUCAGCAGCAGCACCAAGCACUCGAACAUGGCGACGGCGACCAGUGCCAGUUCGUCCUCCUCAUCGGCAUCCCUGCACCAUGCCAAUCACCUGUCGCAUGCCCACUUCUCGCACGCCAAGAACAUGCUGACUGCCUCGAUGAACAGUCAUCAUAGUCGCUGCUCGGAGGGAUCGCUGCAGUCGCAAAGGAGCAGCCGGAUGGGCUCGCAUCGCUCGAGAUCGAGGACGCGAACCUCGGACACGGAUACGAACAGUGUGAAAUCGCAUCGGCGGAGACCCAGUGUGGACACCGUGUCCACUUACCUCAGCCACGAGAGCAAGGAGAGUCUGCGCAGCAGGAACUUUGCCAUUUCGGUCAAUGAUCUGCUAGACUGCUCGCUCGGAAGCGAUGAGGUUUUUGUGCCCUCGCUGCCGCCAUCGUCGCUGGGCGAAAGAGCACCGGUGCCGCCGCCAUUGCCACUGCAUCCGCGACAGCAACAGCAGCAGCAACAACAGCAGCAACAGCUGCAGAUGCAGCAGCAACAACAGGCGCAGCAGCAGCAGCAGCAAUCAAUCGCCGGUUCGAUUGUGGGCGUGGACCCGGCCAGCGAUAUGAUAUCGCGAUUUGUGAAGGUGGUGGAGCCACCGCUGUGGCCCAAUGCCCAACCGUGUCCCAUGUGCAUGGAGGAGCUGGUGCACUCCGCCCAGAAUCCGGCCAUUUCGCUGAGUCGCUGCCAGCAUCUCAUGCAUUUGCAGUGCCUCAACGGUAUGAUAAUUGCCCAGCAAAACGAAAUGAACAAGAACCUCUUCAUCGAGUGCCCUGUAUGCGGAAUCGUUUACGGGGAGAAGGUGGGCAAUCAGCCCAUAGGCAGCAUGUCAUGGAGCAUUAUCAGCAAGAAUCUGCCAGGACACGAGGGCCAGAACACCAUACAGAUUGUCUACGACAUUGCAUCGGGCCUGCAAACGGAGGAGCAUCCGCAUCCGGGUCGUGCCUUCUUUGCCGUGGGAUUCCCUCGGAUCUGCUACUUGCCGGAUUGCCCGCUGGGGCGAAAGGUGCUGCGCUUCCUUAAGAUUGCCUUCGACCGUCGGCUGCUAUUCUCGAUCGGACGAUCGGUGACCACCGGACGCGAGGAUGUGGUGAUCUGGAACAGUGUGGAUCACAAGACGCAGUUCAAUAUGUUUCCGGAUCCCACAUAUCUGCAGCGAACCAUGCAGCAGCUGGUGCACCUGGGCGUGACGGAUUAAGGAAGUCCCUUUUUCAUCCAGUAGAACCGUCAACAACCAACAACCAACCACCCACCACCCACCGAAGCCCCCAUGAUAACCGAAACCCUCACCUCGAUCAUUCUCUUCCAUUUGUCGAUAGGUUACUUUCUACAUAAUCUCAGUGUGUGUGCAAUCCUCGUUUACUAUGAUAUAUUUUUUUUAUAGAUAUAUUGUAAUAGCGUUCGAGCUGCUCGAACCCUAAACAACAGCAAA